GCAAAAUGGAGAAUAUUUUGAAUGAGGAUAGUGUAAGUGACCAGACUCAGAUCGUCCUAGUUAACGCAGCUUAUUUUGUCACAAACUGGAUGAAGAAGUUCUCAGAGGCAGAGAUCAAAGAAUGUCCUUUUAAAGUCAACAAGACUGAAACUAAACCAGUGCAAAUGAUGAAUCUGGAAGCUACAUUUUGCCUGGGCUACGUAAAAGAAUUAAAUGUCGCCAUCCUUGAGCUUCCAUGCCUUAACAAACAUAUAAGCAUGCUCAUUCUGCUGCCUAAAGAGAUUGAAGAUGAGACCACUGGCUUGGAGCAGCUGGAAAAGGCACUCACCCCUGAAACAUUAUUACAGUGGACCAAUCCCAGCAUGAUGGCCAACACCAAAGUGAAUGUAUUUCUUCCAAAGUUUAGCGUGGAAGGUGAUUAUGACCUGAAGCCACUUCUGGAAAGCUUGGGAAUGACAAAUGUCUUCAAUGAGAGUGCAUCAGAUUUCUCUGAGAUGUGUGAGACAAAAGGUGUGGUUUUGUCAAAGAUCAUCCAUAAAGUCUCUUUGGAAGUAAACGAACAAGGUGGCGAAUCCCGAGAGGUACCAGGAUAUCGGAUUCUGCAACACAAAGAUGAAUUUAAAGCUGACCAUCCAUUUAUCUUUUUGUUUAGGCACAACAAAACUCGCAAUGUGAUCCUUUCAGGCCGAUUCUGUUCCCCUUAA